GGUCACACACACCUUAACACACACACAGAUCAGGUUCUCUUCAGAGACCCGGUGCAGCAGCUCGACAGACGGCCUCCUCACCACCUCCUUCAUCGUGCUUUGCUGCCAUUUGUCCUCUGUGUCCAAUGGGAGGAGGAGAAGUAGGUGAAGGAGGAGAAGGAGGAGAAGGAGUCGUCUCCAUCUAAUGAAUCUGCUGCUGGACAUCCCAUCACUGUGUUGAACUUUGUCCAAAUGUGGUCGGCUUUCUUCAUGACCGAUGAGGACGGACACACCGUGGUGCCUGCUGCCUCAGGAACUGUGGCGGGCUCCGCCCCUGGAGCAUCGGUCCAGACGUUGGCCGGUCUGAUGAGUGGACGCAGCACAUUUGGAGGAACCAAGCGACGCAGGACGACCUCCACAGGAAACAGUAUGAGUGAAGCUCAGGAGGGAAAGAUCAAGUUGGCUUUUUUUGUUGCCAUCGUGGGGGUGGUUUUGACUGUGCUCGGAGUGGGGACAGAGUUCUGGGUGGAGCUGGCCCCGCCCAAGAGUUUUUACAACAACCAGACAUGUUUGACCACCCACUACGGUCUAUGGAAGGGCUGCACCAAGACUCUGUGGGUGAGCGACAUUGACCCAGAGAGAGAGAGCUGUGGACCUGCUGAGCUGCCAGGAGAAUCAAACUGCUCCUACUUCAAGUUUUUCACCACAGGAGAAGACGCUGUGAUGUUCCACAAGACGACACAGAAGAAUCUGAACGUAGCGGCAGCCAUGUUGGCUCUCUUUAGCCUCUUCCUGAUGGUGAUGGGAGCAAUCUGCAUCUCCAUGUCCAUCAGCAGAGAAGUUCUCUUCUUCCUGAAACCAGCGUCUGUCUGCUUCAUCCUGUCAGGAUUCCUGGUCCUCCUCUCCUUGUUGGUCUUCCAUCAAUCGGUCCUGCUCCUCCUCUCCAGUGACCACACAGUUCCUCUCCAUCAUCAACUCUCCUGGUCCGUGUCCUGUAUCGGCUGCGCUGGCGCUGUCCUUAUCAUAGGUGGCGUCCUCUUCCUGCUGCUGGCUCUGCCAUUCAGUCCCUGGAUGAAGUGUCUCACUCACAAAGACAGCCCCAGCUAGUGGUUAGAGGUGGAAUUACACUGUUCCUCAAACAGGUUGCAACAAAACAUAGAACCUUAUUGUCAUUAAUUUGUAGAUGAUUUUUUAUAUAUAAUUCUCCAGGAAAUACAUGAUCUUAAAUACUGGAACAAAAAAUAAAACCAUAAGACAUCAUAAAUGUCAGGAACCAUAGACUGUGGUAAUCCUGGGAGUUGAACCUACAUGCUUCUGUUUCUGUCUGUGAUCCAGCUGCAAUCUGUUUAGGAAACAAACAAAACAAACAAACAAAAAACACAAUGACUAACUUUGUGUCUGGUCUUAUCUUCAUCAGGUCUGUGAGGAACUGUUGGCUUCUUUCACAAACACUUGACAUUAGUAUUAUUUUCAUUAUUAUAUGUUGGUGUUCUCUCUGUGUCUAUAAACGUGUGUGUGUGUGAGAGAGAGAGAGAGAAUGAAAAAAGUUGAUUUAUAAGAAAAAAUGAAGCAAACAUCAUUGGGUUGAAUUGAAGAAAAAUGUUAAUGAAAAUAUUUCUACAAAAUGACUCAAUAAAACACAGUGUGAAACA